AUGGUGGUUGAGUCUGAGGAAAAGGAUAAGGAAACUACAACUGUCGCCACUACAUCUGUAAUCACUACAACUGAAUCCACUGCAACGGGCGCUGAUACCGAAAAUGAAUCGACUACACCAACUUCCGAAGGAUAUCCUGCAAAUGUAAGUCUCUUUAUUUAUUACCUGUUGUACCAUAGAAAAGCCAAUGUGUACGCUAUUUCUAGCAUUCAACGAGAAAAACCUAUGCGUUUGGCAGGUUUCCAGAAACAGAUUCUCGCGACACUAUUAAAUCUUAACGAAUCCUUUCAGACUACAGAACCUUCAUCCUCAGAUAAUGUGACACCUCCACGGUACGUGACUCCUCCCACGGAAGAAACUUCGACGCUGUGUCCACCCUGCAUAUGUCCUCCUCUUGAAGAGCCGCGCCCCUUUGCCGACUUUUGA